CAUCACUCUGCGCCUGAGUUUAGCAUCAUUGGCGCCAAAGAGCAUCAGAGAAGCACUGCUGUCGCGCAAUUUCGCCCAAAAAAAAUAAAUAAAGAAACGCUUUUGACACAUGCUUAAUGAUGGACAUCCGGAGGUUUUUUGCGUCUAGCAAACCUGCGGCACCCAAACCUUCAAAUGAAAGCACCAACACUGAUGAAGAGCAGAAGAAGAAGCAGAAGUCAAAAACUAAGGUCAAAGGUCUCACAUCUAAUGAAAAACUUUCUGGAAAGCGAAAGAAAAGAGUCAUAAUUGAUUCAGACUUUGAAGAAGAGAAAGAGAAAGAGAAGGAGACCAAAACAAGCGCUAAAGAUUCUGAUUCUGAUGACACAUUAAUGACUCUAAAAACGUCCAAACCUAAAGAAAAUGGAGCCGCUAAGGGCAAGAAAGAAUCAGAUUCGGGAAAAGCAAAACAACCGCAAGUUUCUUCCAGGAAAUCCCCAACCAAAUCCCCAAACGCGGUCUCAAAGGGAGCGGCGAAGAGCUCUCAGCCCACCGUCUCCCCAAAGGUGGAGCCACCAAAACACACGCCCACCUCAGUAAUGUCCUUCUUUGGGAGCUCAAGUGUUCAGAGGUCAGAGAAGAAGAUGGUGGCCAGUAGCAGCACUAAGAGGAAGGCUCCCACACAGGACACUGAAGAGCCACUCAGUGAUGAAGCCAUUGCUAAACAACUUCAGAUGGACGAAGACAUGGAGUUGGAAAAGAAGAUCCAUGAUGAUGAGGAAUUUGCGAGAACAUUAGCCAUGCUGGAUGAUGCUCCCUUACCGAAAAAGGCUCGAGUGGACUCCCCAACAGAGAGCAGCACAAGUACCUCAAACACCAAACCCAAAAUAGACCCGUCCCCUAAACAAAGUCCCGUGAAGACCAGCUCCAAACUGGCUCGGAUGAAAAGGCAAGAGGAAGAGCAAAGGAAGAAAGACAGGGGUGAAAAACAAAUGAAGAUUUCUCCUAAAAAAGAGCCCAUGUCUCCAACUAGCUCAGAGCGAGCAGCUACGCCCAAAUCAGCAGCAAGUGUUUCCACAGGAGCCACAAAAUCACCUAAAAGUGUAGGAGCACCCUUGAAAACCUCACCAGCAAAACCAGAGAAUAAAAGUCCCGAGGACUUAGAGAAAAAACGGGCAAAUUCAUCAGCCUACCGUAACUUUUUGAACAGAGAAGGACCACGAGCACUAGGGUCUAAAGAGAUCCCGCAGGGAGCAGAGAACUGCCUGGAGGGGUGUGUGUUUGUGUUGACCGGUGUGUUAGAGUCUCUGGAGAGGGAUGAUGCCAAGUCACUAAUAGAGCGAUAUGGCGGGAAAGUCACAGGAAACGUCAGCCGUAAAACCACUUACCUUGUUCUGGGACGAGACAGCGGGGCAUCAAAGUCUGAGAAGGCGGAGAGUUUUGGGACUAAGAUCAUAAAUGAAGAUGAGCUGUUGGAGCUCAUAAGAACCAAACCAGGCAAGAAGUCUAAAUACGAGAUUGCGGCAGAAGCAGAGAAUAAAUCCUUUAAAGCAAGGACUCCAGACUCUAGACACAAACACGCUUCUCCAUCCAAGAAGGCCACUCCAGAAGAGCCCAGCCCCAAAAAGAGCAGCCCUUCAAAGGGGAAGUCUAAGCCUGGCUCUGCUUCUAAAUCUGGAACACUAGGCGUCUCUCAUUCAGAGGUCAAAAAGAGUUUGAGCUUCGAUCAAACCACGAGCGCAUCCCCUGUAUCCCACUCCACCCCUGAGAACGAUGGGAGGAGCCUGUUGUGGGUGGAUAAGUACCGCCCUCGUAGUCUGAAGAACCUGAUUGGCCAGCAGGGGGAUCAGAGCUGUGCCAACAAGCUUCUGCGCUGGUUACAGAACUGGCAUAAACAUCACAGCGGCAUUACAAAAGCACCAUCCAAAUUGGGUAAAUUUGGGAGUAAAGAUGACGGUUCUGGAUUUAAGGCUGCGUUGUUGUCCGGGCCUCCUGGUGUUGGGAAGACCACUACUGCUGCCCUCGUCUGUGAGGAGUUGGGUUUCAGCUACGUGGAGAUGAACGCGAGCUGCACACGCAGUAAGAACAGCUUAAAGGAAGUGAUCGCAGAGUCACUCAACAACACCAGCAUUAAGAACUUCUAUACCGGUGCAUCUCAGACGGUGAGCAGUAAACAUGUCCUCAUAAUGGACGAGGUGGACGGGAUGGCAGGAAAUGAAGACAGAGGAGGAAUACAGGAGAUGAUUGGUCUGAUAAAACAGUCAAAGAUUCCCAUCAUCUGCAUGUGCAAUGACCGCAAUCAUCAGAAGAUCCGCUCGCUGGCCAACUACUGCUACGACCUGAGGUUUCAGAGACCCCGCGUCGAGCAGAUCAAGGGGGCUAUGAUGUCUAUAGCUUUCAAAGAGGGUCUGAAAAUCCCACCCCCGGCACUUAAUGAAGUCAUCCUGGCGUCCAAUCAGGAUAUUCGACAGGUGCGGUUAACAAACAAAUCUGCAUCCAAAACGGUCUGCAUCCAAAACGAUGCUAACAAUGCUAGGAAGGACAUGAAGCUGGGUCCGUUUGACGUGUGUCGGAAAGUGUUUGCUUCAGGAGAGGAAACCGCCCACAUGACUUUGAUUGACAAAUCAGACCUUUUCUUCCAUGAUUACUCUUUAGCACCACUAUUUGUUCAGGAAAACUACUUGCAUGUCCGACCAGCCUCUGCACGGGGAAAUCUGAAGAAUCAUUUGGUGUUGUUGAGUAAAACAGCAGACAGUAUUUGCGAUGGAGAUUUAGUGGACAAACAGAUCCGCUCCAGACAGGCAUGGUCUCUGCUUCCCACACAGGCGAUCUAUGCGAGUGUUUUGCCUGGGGAACUGAUGCGGGGUUAUAUGAGCCAGUUUCCAACCUUUCCCAGCUGGUUGGGCAAGUUCUCAUCCGCUGGCAAACACAGCCGCAUCAUACAGGAGCUCGCUUCACACAUGAGCCUAAAGACGUUAAGCAGUAAGGAAGCAAUAAAUCUGGAUUACCUGCCGUAUUUGCGCUCUGCAGUAUUAGAGCCUCUUCAGUCGCGGGGCUCGGAGGGAGCCAAUCAGAGCGUGCAGAUCAUAGAUGAUUAUGACCUCAUCAAAGAGGACGUUGAUAACAUGAUGGAGAUCAGCACUUGGGGCGGACAGCCGGAUCCUUACUCUAAACUGGACUCCAAGGUGAAAGCUGCGUUUACAAGAGCCUACAAUAAGGAAUCCCAUCUCACGCCGUACUCUUUACAAGUGGUUAAGAAAAGCCGUAAAGGUGCCGUUGACCCUGAGCUUAUAGGAGAGCUUGACGGUGAAUCUCAGAUCCAGGAAGAGGAAGACGACGAUGGCGUUACCGCAGAUGCAAUGAUAAAGCAGAAAAAAGCCAAACCAGCAAAAGACACAAAGCAAGAGAAACCAGGGGCUUCUGGGAAGGGGAAAGGCAGGGGUAAAGGAAAGGGAAAAGCAGUGAACUGAGAUAAACACAGAAGGGAACGAGACCUUGUUUAUCUCUCUCUGUUUUCACAAAGAUGUGAGCGGCUGAAUGCCAUCAGCUCUAUAAACAGAUCUUUUCUGUCUGUGAGUCAUACUUGUGCACUUCCUGAAAGCCAUCCCUCACUGCAGGGACAACACAUUUACACACAAGUUAUUAUAUAGUUCACAGUUCAUCAAGUGGAUCAGACUUAACACAUGCAUCAGACUGUUAACACAUGCUGUUAAAGCUAUAUUCAUCUCCGAGGUAAACCGAAUUAAGUGCACUUAAUGUCACUGUACUUGUGACUAACUGCAUGAGCAUUUUAAUAUAUUUGCUUCAGUUGUUCACAGUUAAACACAUGCACGUCCCCUGCUGCUGAACACAUGGAUGAUAACUGUACAGGCUGCAUGUCAGCUAGAGACCUCACGUGAUGUAAAUAUAUGCCAUAUCAGCUUUUUGCUUUGUUAUUUUGAAUACUUCCAGAUACAUAUAUAUAUAUAUAUAAAAACAAUCCCUUUCAUAGUGCUUUCUACUUUUGGAUACAGAGUGAUCGUGUCUGAUAUUAGCAUGAAGAUUAUUGUGUAAAUUACUAAAUGUGUGCUGCUUGACAAUUAAAACAAGAAUUAUGUCAUAGAGAUGCA